AUGGUGGGUGGCGAGGCCGCCGCCGCGGUGGAAGAACUGGUUUCGGGGGUGCGGCAGGCGGCCGACUUCGCGGAGCAGUUCCGUACUUAUUCGGAAAGCGAGAAGCAAUGGAAAGCCCGGAUGGAGUUCAUCCUACGUCACCUGCCAGACUACCGCGACCCGCCCGACGGCAGCGGCCGCCUGGACCAGCUCCUGUCUCUCUCCAUGGUCUGGGCCAACCACCUCUUCUUGGGCUGCAGUUACAACAAAGACCUUUUAGACAAGGUGAUGGAAAUGGCUGAUGGGAUUGAAGUGGAAGAUUUGCCACAGUUUACAACCAGAAGUGAAUUAAUGAAAAAGAUUGUAACUUUCCUGAGGAAAGCUAUUGAAAGCAUGGUCCUGCACUGUGUCACCUUCAGGAAGCUGAAGCAGAUGCACCACAGCUUCACGGAUGAAAAGGCCUGGAUCGUCACCACCGUGUGCAACAGCAUGAGGGCACAGCCAGGGCCAACAGAGCCAGAUUUCAGCAGAAUGAGUGCAGAGAGAGCAGCUGCCCCAGGACCCCAAAUUCCGGUCCCUGUGGGGCCACCUUGA